AUGUCCCGGCCCAGCAGCAGAGCCAUUUACCUGUCCCGGAAGGAGUACUUGCAGAAGGUCUCCUCCGAGCCCACCUGUCUGCAGCACAGGGUGGAGCACCUGAUGACGUGUAAGCUGGGGACUCAGAAAGUCCAGGAACCCAAGGAUGCCCUGAGGAAGCUGCAGGAGAUGGAUGCUCAGGGCCGGGUGUGGAGCCAAGACUUGCUCCUGCAGGCCAAAGAUGGCAAGCUCCAGCUGCUGGACAUCGAGACAAAGGAGGAGCUGGACUCUUACCGCCUGGACAGCAUCCAGGCCGUGGACACGGUGCUGAACUCCUGCUCCUACAGCUCCGUCCUAUCCGUCACGGUGCAGGAGUCGGGCCUGCCAGCCACCAGCAUUCUGUUCUUCCAGUGCCAGGAAGUGGGGGCAGAGCAACUAAAGACCUGCCUGCAGAAGGCCCUGGAAGAGGGGCAAGAGCAAAGACCCCAAUCUGCCCGUCACCCCAGCCAAGACAGAUGGAGGGGGCCUCCUCUGGAAAGGUCAUUCUCCAAGGAGCAGGUACCCCCACCAGAGCAGGGGCCUCCUCCAAAACAGCCCUACUGGACGACCCCAGAGCACAGCUCUGGGCCAUUGUCCCCUUCCAUUGUAGGCACACCACACAACUUGAGUGUCCGAGAACAAAGCACCUUCACUCUGCCUCCUCCAAGGCGGCCCCCAUCCCCCAAGAACCCAGAGAGGGACGAGGAGAUACUAAGCCAUGUCCUUAGCGACAUCGAGCUAUUUGCGGGAAAGCUGAAGGAGGCCCAGGCAACGAACAGUCAUAAGAAGAAGAGACUGGGGAAGAAAAAGGGCAAGGAUCAGUGGGUGGUAACACGGGCCCAGUAUAUCGAUUGCUUCCAGAAGAUCAAGUACAGCUUCAACCUCCUAGGGAAGCUGGCCAUCUGGCUGCAGGAGAGGAAUGCCCCUGAGUUCGUGCACAUCCUCUUCCAACUUCUAGACUCCAUCCUGGCCCAGUGCCCUGAGCCUGGCCUAGCAGCCCAAGUGAUCUCACCCCUCCUAACCACCGAAGCCAUCGACCUGCUGCAGUCCUGCCUCAGCCCGGCUGAGAGUGACUUCUGGAAGAAGCUGGGUGUGGCCUGGACCACCAGCCGGGCCGACUGGACAGGCAUUGAGCCCCUGCCCUACCAACCCACAUUCUAUGAUGGUUGGCAGCUUCCAGAACCCUCCAACCAGGCACCCUCAGGACAGCAGAACUCUACCUCCCUCCGGCCCUCCAGCCCCAGACCUGUCAAGCCAGCCCUGAAAAUGCAAGUCCUAUAUGAGUUUGAAGCCAGGAACCCACAGGAACUGACUGUGGCCCAGGGAGAGGCGCUGGAGGUCCUGGACCAGAGCAAGCGGUGGUGGCUGGUGAAGAAUGAGAAGGGACAGAGCGGCUACAUUCCCAGCAACAUCCUAGAGCCCCUACAGUCGGGGGCCUCUGGGAGCCAGAACCAGUCACCUUCUUGGGCUCCAAUGCUUCGACUUAGCUCAACGCCUGAGGAGGUCACAGCCUGGCUGCAGGCUGAGAGCUUCUCCACCGUCACGGUGAGGAGCCUCGGGUUCUUCACAGGGAGCCAGGCGCGUCACAUGAGACCCGGGGAGCUACAGAUGCUGUGUCCACAGGAGGCCCCACGGGUCCUGGCGCGGUUAGAAGCCGUCAGAAGGAUGCUGGGGAUGAGUCAUUAG